AUGAUUGAUGAUUCUUUAGCAAAUGUUUGGCAAUUAAUACCAACACGUAGAUCACAAAUGAUCAUAAACUAUCAACAAGAGGUUAUCCAUUCUCCAACACCAAUUGCCUCAAUAUCAAAUAAAAAUGAUACAAAUCAACAAUUACAACCACAACUACAACCACAACAACCACAACAAUUAUCACCAAAUGUUGAUCAACAUAUGCAAUUGGAACAACAAUUACAUUACCAAUUACAACAACAAGCUUUACAACAACAACAAGCUUUGCAACAACAACAACAACAACAACAACAAAUACAACCAUCAUCAAUUAUUUCAACAACACAAGAAACAACCGGAUUUUUCCCAGUUGAAAGACAUGGUCAUACAACUUGUUUAUAUAAAAAUAAAGUGAUUUUAUUUGGUGGUACACCUGAUGGUUCACAUGGUUUAAGUGAUUUAUAUUUUCUUUAUUUAGAUACAUAUUCUUGGGUUGAAAUUAAAACAAAAGGAAAUGCACCAAAUGGUAGAUAUAGACAUAGUGCAAUUAUAAUAGAAGAUAAAAUGUAUAUAUUCGGAGGAUAUAGGUCAAAAUGUUUAAAUGAUUUACAUGUAUUAGAUUUAGAGACAUUUACAUGGUCAGAACCAAUUUGUAUUGGAGAAGCACCAUCGGCACGUUCAUCACAUUCAGUUUGUUGUGUUGGAAAGAUGAUGAUAUUAUUUGGAGGUAGUGGAGCACGUUACUCUAAUGAAUUGUUUUCAUUGGACACUGUUACGAUGCGUUGGACUAAACAUGAUGUAUUGGGAACACCUCCCUCAGAGAGAUGGUGUCAUACAAUGUGCAGUUUCGGUAAGAAGGUGGUUACAUUUGGUGGCUCAAACGAUAAGAGAAAAGAUAAUAAAGUUUAUAUAUUGGAUACCGAUACGAUGGAAUGGUCGCAACCUCCCACCUCUGGAAACUGUCCAAUACCCAGACAGUUGCAUACUGCAGUGGCAAUCGGCGAGAGUAUGAUCGUUUUCGGAGGCUGGGGUAAACAUCAGGAAUUGAAUGACCUCUACAUACUCAAUACUCGUACUAUGAAAUGGGUUUGUCCAAAGAUUGACAAUGUCAUACCUUGUUGUCGUCAACUUCAUUCCGCUUGGGUAUACAAUGGUAAAAUGUAUACUUUGGGUGGCUAUUUUAAAAACAAAAGAAUGAUCGAUGUUUAUUGUUUCACACCCGAACAAACCGUUUCAACUCUACGUGAAUUUUGUAUUGAAACCAUUGUCGAAGAUGUUUUCAAAUAUGUACCAAUGUUUAAUCAUUUCCCAGAGGAAAUACUAUAUCAAAUUUUCUCAAGAUUAUCUCAAGCUGGAAAAUUAAUACCACUUCAAUUGGAUUAUUUAAUUAGAAAAUCUUAUUUAGCCGACCAAGUUGCUUUAGUUUUAUCUACCAAUAAGAAUGGUGGUACAAUUGAAGAAACUCCAAAUCCAAUUUAA